GUAAUAUCGAGAGUUGCAGUAAUUCCGACUCUGUCUCGGAGAAGGUUAUUGUUUUUAUUACCAUUGGAUUAGCCCGUUACAAAGUCUGGACAUGAGAUGGCGCGUGCAGCGUGAUUUUUAACGGUUUCUCCAGGUUUUUUGAUGUUUAUGUCCAAGCUGUCCUCGUCCCGAUUGGAGACCGAUGUAAUAACAAAAUCUAAAAUUUUCCAAAUUCUACCUUACGAACAGUUCUAAUAGAGGUGAAGGUAAAUUAUAGAUCUAAAUAUAAAUAUGCCAUAAAAGUAGAAUACCUUUUAAAUAUACAUAUGACGUCAUCCUUGUACCAGCUCACGUAAUGAGUGCUUUCAAUGACCGUAUUUACGUUAACUUCAGUUUUUUCAAAGUUUCGACGAAUGACUCAGUGAUUCUGGUGAUUCUCAGUGAAGAUAUGUGAGGUGCAGAAUUUGUCAAAGUAUUUGAUAAAAAGCAUCAGUAUAAAGCAGAUACGCCAACAUGGAGUUGAGGUCUAGUAGAUCUAGGUCCAAGACCCCCUUUACUCAGAUAGAAAGCUUCGAUAAAGAGCUUAUUGAGAAGGGGAACCAUGUAGAAAAGACAGUGGUCAGAACGACGAGGAGGACUACUACAUUUAGGACAAACGAAGGCGCGACCAGUUCGACUGACGAGAUUGCGUAUGUUAAACCCAUGAGGAGGACGGCCCGAUCGGAGACAAAGAACGUCAAACGGCUGUACAAGACCUCAGACUACUCAUCGGAGGAUGGCGAGAAUGAGGUCACGUCCACGAAGACGAUCAGUCAGAACGAUAAAAACCAGAUAAUCGAGGAUGCCAGAGCGGCGGCGAAUGGCAACAGUGAGGUCUCUGCUUUAGACCUCUACAAGAAGUCAGGGCGAUAUUGGGACAUCUACCCGAAAACUGACUGGACAUACUCUCAGCAUUCGAAAGACAGAGUCGAACUGGCCCCCGGCGUGGUGGCCAUGCCAAACAUGUCUCGAAAGACGAUACAUGCUGUCCACGAAUCAGACAGCGGGUCGUACGUCAACAAACAGACCAACACCGAAGCAUACAUGAAGUCCAAUGCUUACAGUACAUCAGAUGCUGCCUACUAUGGGUAUAAGCCUAGGGUGCUGUUCAACAACAACUACAGUGAUGAAUGCAGGUACCUUGAGAGAAGCAGCUGGUACUCAUACUGGUCCAGAAUCAGAAGAUCCGUCUCAAAGGUGUUCUCUCUAACGGUAUUCUAUUAUGCCCUUUCUAUACUACACUACACAUUUACUGUGCAGACCAAGUGGUUUGCUAAACUUCACCAGUUGACAAGCAGAGUGAUGCUGUUUGACACGUGGUUGCUGUGGAAGACGAGGAGCAACUCUAAUAAAUCGAGCAAGCUGGUGCUGUUGUGUUUGCUGCCUUUGCUACUUUUUGGAGGGUGGUGGAUGCUAUCAAACCUAGGAGGAUUUUUAUACGGGACCUACUUUAACUCUACCUCAAUUGCCACCCCAGUAGUGACACAUGGAGAAAUUUACGCAGAUGUUAACAGAAACACCGAGGAAAAGUUAGAUAGAGGUUACACAGAAAAGAUUGUCAAAGUGACUGAGAAGGUUUACAUUGAACCACCAAGGGCAAAUGAAAUUGCAGCUGGAUUAACAAAUGAGCAGCUAAGGGUUAUAUCCGACUCGUUGAGGCAAUCUAUCAAUAUUGACAAGGAAUUUAAUACUGACGAAAUCAUUCAGAAAAUCUUGAUAUCUCCUACGUUCAAAAAUAUUGUUAAUAACUUCAAUAAAGUAGAAUUUACUAAUGACAGAAAUGAAGAUGUUUUACUACAGCAACAGAAAUUGAUUGACGAUUUGAAAGACGAAUUGAGCAAACUUAAGCUAGGCGUGACAGAAUCAGAGCAAAACUGGAAAGAUCAAGUUCACAAUAUUUUGAACCAAUUCAAAACGGAAACCAUACACCAGCAUAUCAGUAAUAUCAACAAAAGAGACACGUCCGGGAAUGAUAAUAUGGAGAUUUUAAACAAUCAAAAAACGAUAAUUGAAAACUUGCAAGACGAGAUUAAUAAGAUCAAAAUAGGUAUGAAAGAAACGGAGCAAAAUUGGAAGGAUCGGUUAAGUAGCAUUUUAUCCCAACUCAAAGCUGAGUCUAUGCAGAAUAAUGCACGCCUCACUUACCAAAUCAACAGAUGUUGUAGAAAACCGAUUAUCAACAUUGAAUCUUAUGUUAACAGAAUCGUUACUAGCCUUUUGAAUGAUCCAGAGUUUCUAAAGAAUCAAAAUGGAUUCAACGACUAUUUACACGCCAUGUUCGUUGCUAAAAAAGACCUAGAAACUACUGUGUUGAACCUCACUCGAAACCUGGACUCAAAAUAUGACAGCUUGGUUGAGGACAACACUAGAAUUCUAAUGGACGCUGUGACGUCACGACUUAAAACAGAGAUGGAUGAAAAAAUGCAAAGCUACAAAGCUGAUAUCCUCUUGAAACAAAAAACUGACGUGAGCUUCAAAGGAUUGCCUAAUGAGAGAGUGAAACAGAUUGUAAAGGAAGCAUUGGACAUCUAUGACGCGGAUAAAACUGGGCUGGUGGAUUAUGCUAUGGAAACCAUGGGAGGACAGAUACUCACUACGCGCUGUACAGAGAACUAUCAUUAUGGUAAAGCUGUUGUGUCAGUGCUUGGGAUACCUUUGUGGUAUCCAACAAACACACCAAGGACUGUCAUUACACCCAGUAUGCAUCCUGGUGAUUGUUGGGCUUUCCAAAACUUCCCAGGUUUUGUCGUCGUGAAGUUGUCAAAUAAAGUCAAGAUCGAAGCUUUCUCCAUGGAGCAUAUCAGUAAGUUAUUAGUACCAGAAGGUAAAAUCGAUUCAGCGCCAAAACAUUUUGAAGUGUACGGACUUUCUGGGGAGGAUGACAGAGAUCCUGUCAAGCUUGGGGAGUAUGAGUACCAAUAUGACGGCGAGUCAAUCCAAUACUUUGCUGUGGAGAACGAAGGGCAUGUGUUUGAAGUGAUUGAAUUGAGAAUAACCUCUAACCACGGUAAUCCAAAUUAUACGUGUCUUUAUAGGUUUAGGGUGCAUGGAAAGCUUAGUCAUGAUCCUUCAUGAGGUAGUGAUAGUAAUAUAUGAUCUCGUAAAUUAAUUUCUGUAGCGGUGCGCUAUAGGCUAUUCCAAAUCACGUGACCGAUGGGCGAAAUUCGGCGUUGUCACAUUGGCAGAUACAGUUCGCAGUUACAGUCCUAGUGAAAGUUUCUUCAAACAUGACAUGAGCUACUAUCGAAGCUUCGAAAUCAUUUAAAAUGAUCUAAUUAACGAAAACAUGACCAUGUUUUCAGAUUUCGAAAUAUUUCGUAGUUUGAUUUUUAUUUUUGAAAACUUGAUGCUUAGUGACUUGACCUUGAAGGUCAUGGUCAAGGCCAUUCUUGGGUUAUCUCCAUAAACCUCUCAAAUGUAAAUAUUCAUUUGACCUAAAUGCCACCAUCAUUUUUCUCCUCGAUACCCUGUAGCUUUUGUUUAAAACUUUUUUGUAGUGUGCCCAUUUUUCGAAAUAUUUAUGUGGGUGGAUUAAAAUGUCAAGCUUCUUAUUACAGUUGAUGUUUUGGAAUAGUCUCUGUACUAGUAUAAUUUUUCGUAUCAUGAUCUAUACAAAAUAAUUGGUAUAAUUAAUUGUAAAACUCAGUAUUAGAUCAAUCUCCUUUAAUUGGCUAUUAGAAGUAGCGUACUUAAUUUCCAGCUAUAGUUUUUAAAUUUUUGCUCCAGCUCUUGUUCGUAAUAAGCAUAAGACUUUUGGUACCUUACAUUAUUUAAUCAAUACCCACACAACUUAUGAAUUUUUUAGUUCCUCUUUGUAAUAUUUUACCAACAAACACUCAUCGUUGUAAGGUAGCAAAAGGUCGAAUUCUACUGCAUUGUUUUGUAUAUUUGUUUAUCAAAUGUUGUUUUAUAUGUAUUUACACUCCGCACAAGAACUGACUAAUUGAACUUAUGCUAAUUAUUUAUUACUCCUGUGAAUAACUACCCCAAGGUCCUCUCAGCCUAACAAAGCCCGAACACGUGCAUGUAAUUUUUAUUUUUUGAAUUAUUUUUGCAUUUUCAUCCAAAGGUUUCGCUGUAAUAUUAGAUUGCACGUUAAUUUGUAAGGUUUUGUAUCCCAACUAACAUUUUGUAGGAUUAUUGUGAGUCUGUGAUUUGCUUUAAAUUAAAAAGUAAGAAGUACAAGAAUAUUAAAUUCGUAUGGCCUUAUAAAGAUGUGUAUAAUGUUUACCAGUGUUAAUAUUUAUAAAGCCAGGCUAAGACACGCACAGUCAUUAGUUUUAAGGAUUAACUUUAACAGUACUGUUAAGGAAUUGGUUUAUGAAAUAAGUCAAAGGGUGUGACUAUUCAAACAUUAUAAAAACUACAGUAGUAUGUGUAAUUGGCGGUAUACAUUAUCGGACAAAAUUAGAGAGACUAGACUGAUAAUGACUUUUAUAGAUUACAGAAAUAUAUUGAAUUUUUGUAACUGAGCUAAAAAACUUAUAUCAUUAAGUAGUUUCAAAUGAAAUAAAUUUAUAAACGUUGUUUCCAAAGAUUUAUUACAUAAAAUAAAAAAAUUAGGAAGACUUAUCCUUAAAAUACAUUUGUAUCCUAUAUUAAUGAAACAAAGCUAGUACUUCGGCAAGUACCUUUUGUUCUCAAUGACUCUUUGGCAUCGACCCAAUAAGAUUGGAAAUUACAGCUGGAUCAAUUGAUUUCCAAGCAUUUUCAAUCUCUUGAAAUAACUGAGCAGGAUUGCUGAUAUUUUUAGUUCGAAUCUUUUUCUCUAUUAUCUCCCAAAGAUUUUCGUUUAGGGUCAAUAUCAUGCUGGAAAGUAAACUUUAGCGGCAUUUCCCAUUCAUCUUCCAAUAUAGUACGAUACAUGAAUCGAUCCAUGGUGCCCUCAAUUUUGUGGAUUUGGACCCCGAAACCAGAAAAACAACCCCAAAUCAUUCUAUUGCCACCUCCGUGCUUGACGGUACCAGAAACAUAUUCUGGAUUAAGUCUUUUAUUUUCGGGACUAUAUCAAACUAAACACUAAACAAACCCUUGUUCCAGGUCUUAGCUGUCCAGUGGCGGUCACGUGUUGCAAAUAUCAUCCUAGCAAUCACAUUUUUUUUGAUAGAUAAGGUUUUCUAGCUGGUCUCCUUCCAGGAAGCCCCGCUUCCACGAAUCGUCGCUGAAAGAUGAAAAUUUCUGAACAUCCAACUGAGCCAACAGACAGCCCGGGUCCUUCUGACGUAAACGCUCAAUUCUCCUGUCCAACUGUUUUGCAGUUUUUCAAUACAAAAAAAAUCUUUAAACGAAAAUACCAUCUGCUACACAAAUAAACUGUUGAUAAUGAAAUUCUUCUGAUCGCCGGUAAUACACUGCUUAACAAAAAUUAAUAUUAUUUCAAGUACAGAAAACGGGAAUGGACAAAUAGCACAAUCUUUCUAUUUUUGUCCGAUAUUGUAUUUUGAUCUUACAAGUGCAUACAUAUUAAAAUAAUAUUAGUUUUGUAUUCUUGUAAUGUCGUGAUGCAUCACCUGUAUCUAUGACGAAAAAUUAUAAAAUAAUAGUGUAGUUACUAAUAGAUAUUUUUAUCAUAUGUCGUCAAAUAACAAUAUGGGACGAAAUUAAGUGGUAUUUUUUAAAUUGUCGAAUGUAGUGGCUGCACGCUGAAACUAAUUCAUUGUUAAUUCUACCUGGCAAACGAGACCUCAAAUCUUGGUUGCUGGCUCAACAUUGAAGUUAUGCUCUCCGAGCAAGAUUUAUUUGCAUUUGCAAUUUGAAAGUUGCAAGUUUGGUGAAUAACGGAUUUUAAGCAAAAUAUAUUAGUAUGUAUGUUUGAAUAAAACAGAGCUUUACUUACUUUAUUCUAUCUACUUCAUUUUGAUUUUGUGUGGCGUUAUUUCAUCUUCAAGAUUUAUCAAACUUCUUCUCGGGACUGAUUCCUUAUUGUAUAUCAAGCUCAGCUUUGUAGCUUGACAUGCGUUUCUGAUAUUUGUUUUACUUGUCACUAUCUUUUAUACUGAAAUUAUCAAAAUAUCUUAAUAUUUGACAAAUAAUGUACAUGAAAAUUGAUUUUGUAAGUACCUUAUGCACAAUAAUUUUAAUUUUAGGCUG